AUGGGAGUCGAAGUUUGGGAGCGACUAGUCUCGCCCCGCCAGGAGAUCACUUUGACUUUGAUCUUUUGGCAGGCGAGGAUCAAUGAUUGGGACCCGGACAGUGUGUAUGUUGACUUGGCCAAAUCGUACGAGCGGGCAGCGUGGAGAUAUGAUGGGUAUCUCCCGCCGUUGACGACAAACAGUCGUAUUUACAGCUUCCGCAUGCGUCGAUACUUGCAUGGCUACGAGCUUUUGGGCAUGCAGGGAUUCAAUGUGGAGAAGUUGAACUUUGCUGGAUUUACCAAGUCUGCGCUGUGGUCCGUGCUCGCAGGCAACUGUAUGUCCAUGCCGGUGAUUGGAAAUGCGGUGAUGGCAGUACUACUCUAUGGGAAUCUCGGCAGAAGCCGUUCGCAUUUCCGGCAAGGCAAGGUUCCAACUCCUACGAGUCAAGCUACGACACUGGAGCAGAUAUGCAAUGAUGAGCCAUCGGAAGGAAGCGAUUCGGCAGAGAGUGUGGAUCCCGAGCAGGAUGAAUGUCAGUGA